CCAUGAAAUAGAACAAAGAAUGCUUCCUCGUGCGCCAUUUUUUUUGUUAGAUCAGAAGAUCCAAAACUCCAAAUGGCCAAAGAUCCCCCAAUUCUCGAUUCUUUUUCUUCCAAACCGAAUUGUACUUUGGAACCCUAAAUCCUUCCGGCGAUGGUUGAUUUGCAGCUGUGACUCCGGCAAUUCUUCACUAUCCGUCUGAGGUUAUGGAGCCCUCUUCCUCUUCUCCUUGCCCGUUCCCUGUGGGUUGCAGCGAAUUAUCCAGUCUCCGACUCCCCGGUGGAUUGCAGUGGUCCCUUCGUCUCUGUGAGCGUAUUCAUAGAGACACGGAAGAUGCUGCAAUGUGUAGGAGUAACUGCUUAUAUAUGGAAGAAGAGGAUGUUUAUAUAAACGAACAACAGUCAGAGUUGGAGAAAGCAAUUCAAUCAGAUGCUGUAGAAGAUGUGUACAUUGAGACACAACAGCCUUCUGAAGAUGAAGCCCAGAAGAAUGAUGUUAAGGGUACAAAGGAUGUGAAUGAUUUUAAAGCAUCAAAUGACCAGCAUCCUAAGGAUUCAAAUGAAGCACAAAUACCGUAUAUUGGUAUGACUUUCUUAAACUGGGAAGAAGCUUAUUCUUUUUACUGUACUUAUGCCCGGAUGAAAGGUUUUAGGGUUCGCAUAGGUAGGACUAAUGUAUCAUGUAAAAGGGAGUUAGAUGGUUCAUGCAAGGUUUUUUCAAAGAAGUUUUUAUGUUACAAAGAAGGUUAUCGAUAUGAUAAUGACAAGCGAACAAAAGGGAAAAUAGUACAUCGUCGUUCUGUCGUUAGAGUUGGUUGUCCAGCAUUUCUUUGGAUUAAACCAAAUUCAAAUGGUUGGGUUGUGCACAAAUUUGAGGCAAAUCACAAUCACCCACUGGUUCUUGAAGACAAAUCAAUCCAGCUCCAAUCACACAAACAGUUGAUAGAUGGUGUAAAAUUGAUGGUUGAUAAUCUCCAUGGUGCUGGUAUAGGUCAAAGUCAAACACAAAUAGUUGAUGCUGUUGUAGAGUGCUUUGGCGGCUAUAAUAAUAUAGGUGUGACAAGGGGGACACUUAAAGGUCAUAUGAAAAGAAAUGAAAGAAAUGAAAAAAAGAUGAUUGAAGGGGAUCUCCAGACAGUUCUAUCAUAUUUUGAGUCUAUGAAAGAGAAGGAUCCCGGAUUCAGUUAUUCAACAAAUGUAUCAGAUAAACAAACUUUGAGUGCGAUUUUUUGGAUUGAUGGCAAAGGCAGGUCUGAUUAUGAAAUUUUCAACGAUGUUGUGGUGUUUGACACAACAUACAAGAAAAAUCGAUAUAGAUGGCCAUUUGGUUCAUUUACUGGCGUGAACCAUCAUGCUCAAUCUAUUCUGUUUGGAUGUGGUUUGGUUGCGAACGAAACAAAGGAGUCAUUAGAGUGGCUGUUCAAGGCGUGGUUGAAUGCAAUGGGAGACAAGGCACCAAAGGCAAUUAUUACUAAUGAGUGUACUGGUAUUAUACCUGUUGUGGCUGGUGUUUUCCCCAAAACAGUACAUCGCUUUUGUUCAUGGCAUGUGUCAAAGAAUGCCCUACAACACCUCAGUUCUUUAUGGUUCCAAAAGCCUGAAUUUAAAUCAGAAUGGAAGCAGUGCGUCUAUCGUUCAUGGUCAGAGGCAGAUUUCUUAACUCGUUGGGAAGCGAUGAUGGUGAAAUAUAAUUUGAAGGACCACUCGUGGUUAAAUGAGAAGUUUUCCCAAAGAAAGUGUUGGGUUCCUUGUUAUUUUAGAGGUACAUUCUUUGCUGGAAUGAGCUCAACCCAACGAGGCGAGGGGAUGGAUAGUUUCUUUCAGGGAUAUUUCAAUGGCUGUAUGACUUUGCUAGAAUUUGUGAAGCAAUACGAAACGGUUGUUGCUAGGCGUAGAGAGAAGGAAGCUGAUGCAGAGUUCAAAUCACUUGUUAGCUUACCUCAAUUGGAAACACCAAGUCCAAUUGAAAUGCAUGGUAGACAGGUGUACACGAGGAGGGUGUUUGAGAUUUUUAAGAAAAAUUUCAGCGCAAGCCUUGGCUUAUCUGCCGCAGAUGUGUCAUCUGAAGGGUCAAUUAGGAAGUUUAAGGUUGGGCCUUUUAAUGUUCCAAUUGAGCACAGAUGUGUUGUUGAGUACAACUCCAUUGAUGAAGUGAUACAAUGUAGUUGCCUUAUGUUUGAGUUCAUGGGAAUACCGUGCAAGCAUUUUUUGAAGGUUCUACAAAUGGUUGACCGUGAUCGGGUACCCUCCAAAUACAUUCUAUCAAGGUGGACGAGUAUGGGUUGACUUUGUAAAAGUGUUUUUCAUUUUCUAUGCAUUAACUAGGAGAAGUAUAUUUUGAUGUUUCAAUGUACUCUCUCUCUCUCUCUCUCUCUCUCUCUCUCGUUCACACACACACACACAUGCACACACCACCGGGAUUUUGAUUGGAACAUUAACACCAACUAACUGCAAUUAGGUGAAAGUAUGAGCUUGUUCACUGUCCACCUGGGGAAACUCAAAGCAUGCCAUUAGGGUGCUUACUAUGAAUUAUUUUAUAUAUUCUCUCUACGUAUUUUCAUUUU